AUGGCUACGACAGCCUCCGCCCCUGGCACCACCGCAACGUAUGCCGGCUGUGUCUCCUCGCUGCGCAGGGCUCUUAAUUUCCUUGAAUCGUCGGUCGAUACUUUGGAUGGAGGCGUAGCCGACUUUCCACGGCUCGUCAAGGCUUUGAAAACUGUUCGGCACUACGAACUCAUUCCCCAAACAACUCUUGCUGCUGCUGAAUCCUCACUCCGAGACGAGAUUGGUCCGUAUAUCGCACUCUUGCUCUCUCGAGCCGAUGCACAAAUCGAGCGACAAGAACGGCGGAUUGAAACACUCAAAGCCCGUGCAGAGCUUCAACAAGGUCGCCUCGCGCGGCCGGAUGAGGUUGAUAAGAGAGUUGCCGCUCGGGGUCGCAAGUUGACCGGAGAAGACAAAUUAAGAGCCCGCCUUAUUCGUCAACGGAAAGAAGCGCUUCGUUACGGAGUUGAACGGUUAGAACUCGAAGUGCUUCAGAAAGAAAGAGAACUACGCAAGCGUCUCGACACUUAA